AUGAAUCCUCUUAUCCCUACCACGCGGAACUUUCGAACAUUAGCACAAUGUCCUCAGCUGGCCAUUACCGAAACCCAAGAUGAUCUUGAUAUCCGAAAUAGAUAUCGCCCUUUCUUACUAGAUCCUGUAAUCGAAGCGUCAGAUUGGAUUUCUGAGCUAGAGCUAGAGUCGGUCGUUACUCAGGUGGAAGAUAAUCUGGCCAAGACUAGUUCUAGGUUGAAAAUCUUGGUGCUCUAUGGAAGCUUGCGGCAACGUUCUUAUUCGAAGUUAAUGGCGUUUGAGGCUUCCCGAAUUCUUCACCGUCUCGGUUGCGAUGUUCGAGUUUUCAACCCAAGUGAACUCCCAAUUCGAGAUUCGGUGGAUGCUUCGCAUCCAGCGGUUCAAGAACUCCGCGCAUUAUCUCUCUGGUCCGAUGGUCACGUAUGGUGUUCGCCCGAGCAGCACGGAAAUCUUACGGCGGUUUUCAAAAAUCAAAUCGAUUGGAUCCCGCUAUCGACGGGCUCGGUCCGUCCCACGCAAGGCCGUACGCUAUCGGUCAUUCAGGUUAAUGGCGGUAGUCAGAGUUUUAACGCGGUUAAUAGUUUGAGGAUUCUUGGAAGAUGGAUGAGGAUGUUUACGAUCCCUAAUCAGAGUAGCUUGCCCAUGGCGUGGAAACAGUUUGAGGAUGAGGGCGGUGAUGGGAGUGGGAGGGCUAGGUUGUUGCCAGGUGGUAAUCGAGAGAGGUUGGUGGAUUGCAUGGAGGAGUUGGUUAGGUAUACCAUUGUUAUGCGGCAGCAUUUUGAGAUGUUUGGGGAUAGGUAUAGUGAGAGGAAGGAGAGGGUGGAGAAGGAGAAGAAAAUGAUUGAUGUUCCUGUGGAUAAGAUUUGA